AUGGCGGAGAGGAGGAUGGCAAGAAAGGCGUGUGCAGAGCCCGACUUCCUGCAGUUCAACGAUCUGGGCUGUGAGACGGUCGGAGGGAAGGUCAUUUUUGCCACAGACGAAUGGUUUGCCCCAGCGAGAAACCUGCUGAAGAGAGAGCCGCCACAGUUCAUCGCAUCUGCCUUCACCGAGUUUGGAAAGUGGAUGGACGGAUGGGAGACGAGGAGGAAGAGAACACCUGGUCACGACUGGUGCAUUAUCCAGCUGGGAGUCCCAGGUUUGAUCCAUGGCUUUGAUGUCGACACGUCCUUCUUUACAGGAAACCACUCACCCUACAUCUCCAUCCAGGCCGGCUGUCUGGACCAGGAGCCUCCUUUCACCCUGGAAGGAGACCGAACUGGCAUGGCUGCCUCCGAUAGUCAGAUGGCAGCUGUUGCCAAGCUGGGAUCAGAGGUGUGGCCAGAGCUGGUGAGUGUGUCGCAGCUGCAGCCUGGAUACUCGGACUGCUGCCAUAACUACUUCAAAGUCAGCUUCAGCAGGAGAGUGACACACCUGCGCCUCAACAUGUACCCAGAUGGAGGCAUAGCCAGACUGCGGGUGUACGGUGUCGGGCAGAGGGACUGGUCAUCUGUCUCCACCAAUCAGGAUGUUGACCUAGUGGCCACGACCAAUGGAGGAGUUUGCAUCGGCUACAGUGACGCCCACUUUGGGCAUCCACGCAAUAUGAUUGGACUUGGACGAGCUGCCAACAUGGCUGAUGGAUGGGAAACGGCCCGCAGACUGGACCGACCCAAAAAACUGCAGGCAGACCAGCGUGGGAUCCUGCAGGUUCCCGGCUGGGAGUGGGCGGUGUUUCGUCUCGGUCAUCCCGGACUGAUCAGCAGCAUUGAGGUCGACACCAACCACUUCAAAGGAAACUUCCCAGACUCGUGCAGGAUCGAGGCAUGCACUUUGACCCCUGAGGAGGAGGCUCAGUGUAUCAGCAGUAGGUGGGAUUCUGGGAAAUGGAGGGCCCUUCUCCCUCCUCAGAAGCUCCGCCCUCAUCACAUUCAUCACUACGGCAAGGUGGAGCUGAAACUGAGCCAUCCUGUCACCCACGUCCGACUUAUCAUCGCCCCGGACGGAGGAAUCAGCCGCCUCCGUCUGUGGGGUCGACCCACACCAUUCGCUGCAACUCUGGCCAAUAAGAAGUGGACAGUGUCCAAACUGUGA